UGAAGGCAAUGUGCAUAUUCCAAAUGCGAAGUUAGAAGAUCGUAGUGAUGAUGGAUCGAAGUCACCACAUAUAUUUGUGAUAGCUAUGCUUGCAACAACUGGAUGUAUAUUCUUUAUGGUGGGGCUUAAGAAUCUCUGCAAUAUUCAUCGUUAUCAAUAUAGUCUUGAGAGUGAUUCAUUGGCAUGGACCACUUCAUGUUCGGUUGUGAUAUUCGGUCUAAUGGCUGUUAUAGUCGCAUAUUGUAGCUACUGUGCUGUGUUCAUCAGAGAUUUGGGCGUAGCCGUCCUUGUGCUAACGAUGCAAAAUAUCAUGAUCAUUAUACAACUUUUGACAGCAAACCAUAUCAAGCAAAUGAGGUUAACAUGGCACUCGAUAUUGGGCCAUUUAAUUAAAACUAAUGAUACAUUGAAAAUUUUCGUCGGCGCCGUUUUUGUGAUUCAUGCAUUUAGCUGGGUAUUUUCCUAUCGUCUGUGUGAUAAUCUCAUUUCGGAAAAGGAACAACAGCCUGACCAUUACGCCAAAGAGCUGCAAGGAGCCAAAUGGAACAAAUAUCUCAAUUUCGGUGCAUUAGUCGCUUGCUUGGUGACUUUUAUUCUGGUCGAAACUGACACCAUUACACUACACUACACUCGAAACGUGAAAUAUUAAGAAAAAAAUAAUCUCUUUCUUUGCGCUGAACAACCGGAAAAUGAAUCACUUUUCAAUUUUUUGUGUACUUUUUGUAUUAAUGCUUACUCAUAUCGUUACGCAGGACCAAAAAGAAAGAAAAAUUCAUUUCUGUAGAUUUUUUUUAUUAUAUAGUUUCGAAUGUAGUAUAUCGUUUUUAAUUUUUGUUAUCAAACAUUUUCGAAACUCAGCAAGAGAUUGUAUCAUGAGAUUCGGUCUCGAGUUCCAUUUUAUUUUAAACAAAUGUCGACAUUUUAUUGAAAAAUCAACAAAAAUAUUCCAAUGAAAAAACGUAUGUCGUUCUAUUCCCAAGAGAAUUUGAAGAUGAGAUAAGAGCAGUUCUUAAAUUCGUCACUUUAGCUGUUUAUCACAGUAUGUUUAUAGGAAAUGUGUGUAUACAUGGCAUAAGUUCAGUUGAAAUUAAUUUUUUUAGUAAAAACAUUACAAACGAUUCGCUGCUUCGUAAAAGUUCUAUCGAAUAAUUCAGUGAAAAUGGAGAAAUACUUUGCAAAACCUUGUCGCAAAACUGGAGAAAAAGAUAUCGAGGGAAAUGUACGUGCGGCGAUUAAGAUGCCAGAAACAUGUGAAAAACAUAAUUAUUAUAUUAAUGUUUCAUUUAUGAUUUUUGCUACUGGCAUGGUGCUCUCUACAAUUGCAAUUGUGAAUUUUUUCGGUGGUUAUACAUAUACAUGGAUCGCAGUUUGUCUACUCACAUUCGGUAUUUGGAUAAUCUUAACCGCAUUUACUAGCUGCUAUGCUGUAGUUAUGAAGGAUUUAGGUGCCUCACUUGCUGCUUUGCUCAUGCUAACAUUCUUCAUUGUUGUGCAAGUUGCAACAAUAAUCUAUGUACGCUACAAAAAGCUAUCUCUGAAUUCAGUAUUUGGCUCUUUUUUCAAAUAUAAUGUUACAUUACCGGUUAUUGUCAGCAUAACUAUUCUAAUCCAUGUCAUAUGCUGGUUAUUUACCGUCUAUUUUAUUGAAGACUGUCUAUCGGAAAUGAGAAAAAAUACCGAAUAUAUUCCAAAGCACUUGGAACAAACCAAUGACUGCAAACUUCUAAGUGUGGUUAUAUUGGUAUGCGCACUCGUCGUAUUCAUCGUGAUACACGGAAUCGUAAUGUGAGCUCUUGAUGACCUGCAUUGCCAAUACUCACAAUGUCAGAGAUUAUUCGAAAAACAAAACAAUUGAUUUUACGUAGAGCUUAAAAUUAUUCAUUGUCAGCGCAUCAUUGAUGUUUUCGGUUUAGCUCUGAUUACUUGGCUUGUGAAUUUUUUGCAAUAAAUACGUUCAAAAGAGUGUUUCAAUUCAAUUUUUUUUUUGUAUAAAAAUAGUUCUUCUUGGUUUAAUUGAAGAGUUGAAAUAAAUGUUCUAAAAUUGCUAUUCA